AAAACAUCAGUGUCAGGGUUGAGAGGGGAAAAGUCGUCAGAAACAUGGCUGCUCCCGUGGAUGACAUGUUUUCCUUCUGCGUGGAUCCCGGCAAAGCUACCGCCUGCGUGGAAGUGAGAUUUAUCGACAGCACUAAGGGUAAAGGUCUUUUUGCCAAAAAGAGCAUCCUGAAGGGAGACAGCAUCUUUGUGGAGCGACCUCUGAUCGCUGCUCAGUUCCUGUGGAAUUCUUUGUAUAAAUAUAAAGCCUGUGAGUACUGUUUACGAGCUCUAGAGACAGCAGAGGAGAAUGCGAGGAGACUCAGCGGGAUCCCUGGACUCAGCCUCCCUCACCCCGAGCUCUGUCGGGUUCGACCAGAGCUUCACCAGGCCUGCCCUCAGUGCCAGGUGAUGUACUGUAGCAGCGAGUGUCGACAAGCUGCAGCAGACCAGUACCAUCGAGCUCUGUGUUUGGGUCCGUCGCAGGACGAUCCAGAUCACCCCAUCAACAAACUAAAGGAUGCAUGGAGGAGCAUGCAUUAUCCCCCAGAGACCUCCAGCAUCAUGCUGAUCGCCAGGAUGGUGGCUGUGGUCAAACAGGCCAAAGAUAAAGCACACUGGCAGAAGUUGUUUUCACAAUUCUGCAGCAGGGCAGCGAUUGAGGAAGAGGAGAUCGCCCAUAAGCUCCUCGGAGAGAAGUUCAGAGGGCAGCUGGCCUUGUUACACACCCUUUUCAAAGCAGCACUUUAUGAUGAUCAUCUCAGCCGGUGGUUUGUCCCUGAGGGUUUCCGCUCUCUGUUUGCUCUGGUGGGAACAAACGGACAAGGCAUCGGGACCAGCUCGUUGAGUCAGUGGGUUCAUGCCUGCGAUGCACUCCAGCUUCCUGCCCAGCAGAGGGAGCAGUUGGACUCUUUUAUCGACCAGAUGUACAAGGACAUUGAGAAAGCAACGGGAGACUUCCUGAACUGCGAAGGCUCUGGACUGUUUCUGCUUCAAAGCUCCUGUAACCACAGCUGUGUACCAAACGCUGAGGCGUCUUUCCCCGACAACAACUUCCUGCUCCAGCUCAGCGCACUCAGUGACAUCAAACCAGGCGAGGAGAUCUGCAUCAGUUAUUUGGACUGCUGUCAGCGGGACAGGAGCCGGCACAGCAGACAUAAAGUUCUGAGGGAGAACUACCUGUUUGUCUGCUCAUGUCCAAAGUGCGUCUCGCAGAUGGAUGAGCUGGAUGUGACAUCAGACGAGGAAGAGGAAGAAGAGGAAGGCGAGGCAGAAGGUGAAACAGAGGGGGAUGAGAUUGAGGAUGAGAUGACAGAUGUCUGAUGAAAGACUUGCUCCUUCUCAGCCGUUCUCAAUCCUGCCGCCACGCUAAGCGACCAUUGAAGCCCAGAAGAAUAAAGAGCAGUCCAAACGUGUGGAGAAGCGUCUCAUUAACAGCAAAUUUCAUUCAUUCAUUAUCUGCUUUCAGAAAUCAGCAACAUACAGGUUUCUUUUAUAUGAGCUGUACUGAAUGUGUAUGAAGUGAGGCUGUGUUAGGACAGGGAUGGUAUUUAAUUCUUUUUGCUCUACUUCAGCACACUGGGGGUUUAAAAUAAAACAAAGACUUUGACUUUGAACUUCCAGGGUUUUGAUCACAUCUCCAUUGGUUGAACAAUAAAGCUUUGGCAUGCCUUUUUACCCCCCAGAGGCUUUGUAUGAAAGGGAGAACGUUUCCACACAGGUCAUUAAAUAUGAAUAAAAACACUUAAAUCUGCA